UCAUCAUCAUCCUCGUGCCUGGAAUCACCCGGAACUCGUUCAGGUUGCUCAUAACUAAGCUUGGGAUCUUUUCAAUUUCUGAUCCAAACACUGCUGUUUAUGUGAUUUGAUUUGAGAUCUGGUCGAUUGUUUUCUUUUGAAGCUUUUGGAGUUCAUUUUUCUUUCUCCCUUCACAUUAUACGGCACAUUUCUGGAAUAGUUUCUCCAUCUAUUCAUUGUCAAUGGACUUAUGGCAAUGGCUUGAAGAUUCAAUGCAUACUUGAGGCUAAGAAUUUUGAAUCAGACUUUAUUUUUCUUCUUGUUGUUUUUUCUGGUGUAGACUGUAGGUUGUGGUAUUGGUGAUUUAAGCCAUGAAAACCGAUUGGGCUAGCUUUUCAGAUGGAACUACAGACAAUGAGGACAAUGAACACGGCUAUGAUGAUGAUGAGAAUAUUUGUUCAUAUUCAUCGGGUGAUAUACCCAAAUUACAGUUCCGGUAAUAUUCGCUGUGUUUUCCCCCAUCCAAUGUUUACUGGGGAAAGACAUAUCAAAAGCCAAGUGGAUUGACAAGUUUGGAAUGGCUGAGAUGGUUGAGAUGAAGGGUCGUCUCUGGGCAACCACAGGGAUAGUUCGCAAUAGGAAAAUCUAUUGUUUCAUUGAAGAAACUUUGUCUGUGACAAAUUUCAUUUUUUUUCUUGGUUUUUCAUUUUCGUUCCCCGUGCUACUGAUACGAAAAGCUUGAGAUCUUAUAUUGCUCUUUCUUUUUUGUAGGUAUUUGGUUGAAAUAGGGGCUUUGCAUCUAUUUGACCACAUUGAUACGCCGAUGUCUCUCAAAGAUGUGUAUAACAUGGUUUCAGAAGCAAAGAAUGGAUGUUCUUGGGCUGCUUUUGAAGCUUACACACACUUGAAGUGCCUCGGGUACAUUGUACAACGUCAUGGUUUUCUUUGGACUGUGAAGAGUGUUACUGCCGAUUCAUCCGAAGACAUUUACUUCAUCUGUGAGAGGUUAAAAAGUAUGAAUGUCAAUGAGGUGAAACCAGUAUUUGAUGUUUACCCUCCCAAUUCCAGAUUCAGAAAAUCUUCUCCAGGUCAACCAAGCUUCAUACUAUGUUUCACUGGAGGCUUUCCACCAUCCAAACAAGAAAUAGAAGAACUAGAAAGGUGUUGCAAUGGCAGUCCGAUAAAAGUAUGCAAUGUAGAACACGGGCGUGUUAGUUUCAUCUCUUUCAAGAAAGUCGAGCUCCCCGCUCUUCCCUGAACUGCGUGUCGUGGUGUUCGAACCACUUGUUCUCCGUGGGAUUAACGACGCAAAGUACGAAUGGAGUUUAUGAUUUUUCUUGAAUGUCGAAAUGUUCAUUGUAGGAUUUUGAAAUAUAUGAAGAGUUUUGUUAUUUAAAAAUAAAAUAUUUGUAAUUAUAUUUUUGAAAUAUGUGAAUUCAACUAGAUGGAAAACAUAGCUAGUGCUCUAAUAAUGUCUGGUGAUGCUA